AUGGCGGCUGAAGCAGCGAAGGAGACGAAAGCAGAAGCAGUGGAGAGUGCGAAGAAAAAGUGCAGAAGGCGGAGACAAACACGAGUAGUGACGGUGGUGGUGGAAACCGUGGAAGGUGUUGCUGGAGGACAGGACGCAACUGCACGGGAAGAAAUACCAAGAUUUGUGGGUUGCGUAGAAAGAGGUAGUUGUAUUGCAAGUUCAUACAGAGUGAAACUCAUGGUUGUAGAUGAGGUUUCAAAUCCAGCAGUGAAGAAAAUUGCUGCUUGUGCUACCAAAAUUACUGUGAGUACAAAUGCACCUGAAGAAGCACAUGCAAUGAGGACGGGUAAUCCAGAAGCCGACGGCCGGCGCUUCGGGCAGCGCCCGGUAGAGGUCGCGCGCGAAGCCGCCGAUGGAGCGGCGCAGCAGGAAGAGCGGCGCCACGUUGCCGACGAAGGGCGCGGGCGGCACGAAGGGCACGCCGCGGCGCCGCCAGUAGGCGAAGUGGCGCGUGAAGUGCAGUCUUGGUAUGGUAUUCACAAAGUACUCGCGGCCAGCUUCUACCCGCAGGGCUGCGUGUCUAUAAGUAUUGCCGAUAGUGCGACAAUAUUCUGGAUUGACCUUGAUGGUAUAAGCAAUACGGCCAGGGUGAACUCUCUUGUCUGACAAAAAACUACUGAUAGAAGAGGUAAUGUUUCGUUGCAGCUUCUAUUAAAAUGCUCUCCCAACUUUUCUUGCCACGAGGCUUGCUCUUCCGUCUGACCCCGCAAAUUUCGCUACGCUCCUUUCACCAACUGGCAGAGAAAGUGGUAUUUCUUGAGCGAGAAAUAGGCGAUUUGAAUUUAGCUCAGAGCUUCAUUUAGGCUUGAGGAUCUUUUACAUGCAAGUAAAUAUACUAACAUAUGACAGCCGGCUGUACUUCCCCUCCGAAAGAAGGCUCCGUGCGAACGA